AUGAGCACAACCACUGGGAGCUUCAUAGCGGGAGGCAUAGCAGCCUGUGGUGCUGUGACAGUCACACAUUCCUUCGAGACUAUCAAGAUCCGGUUACAACUGCAAGGAGAGCUGAAGUCCAAGAAAGAUGCGCCGCGACUGUACAAAGGUGUGCUGCACGGCGUGCGUGUGGUAUACACGAAUGAGGGCUUCAAAGGACUGCUGAGAGGUCUCGGCUGUGCUUAUGUCUACCAAAUGACCCUCAAUGGCUGCCGUCUGGGCUUCUACGAUCCCAUAAGAACGUCCUUCAAUUCGAUAGCAUUACAUCGAUCGCCUACACACAUGCAUGACCCGGACGUCAAGGCGAUGCAGAGCUUGCCCGUCAACAUUGCCUCAGGCGCAUCGUCCGGCAUCCUCGGCGCACUCCUAGGCUCGCCGUUCUUCUUAGUCAAGACACGCUUACAAUCAUUCUCUCCUUUCCUACCAGUAGGAACACAGCAUCACUAUCGCAAUGCCGCCGAUGGCAUGAGACAGAUCUACGGCGCCGAGGGCAUAAAAGGGCUGUGGAGAGGUGUCGGUCCUGCUAUGGUCCGGACAGGAUUUGGAUCGUCAGUGCAGCUACCCACCUACUUCUUCGCCAAACGCCUGCUACAACGGAACUUCGACAUCAAAGACGGCGCGCCGCUGCAUCUCAUGUCCUCGACAGCGUCGGGAUUCGUGGUCUGUGUCGUGAUGCACCCACCCGAUACUGUCAUGAGCCGGAUGUACAACCAGACUGGAAACCUCUACAGCGGAGCGCUGGACUGCCUUUUCAAGACUGUCAAGUCCGAGGGUGUAUUCGCCGUGUACAAGGGCUUCUUCGCUCAUCUGGCCAGAAUCCUACCACACACCAUCCUGACCCUGUCGCUGGCCGAGCAGACGAACAAACUCAUGAGGAAAUUCGAAGACCGGGUACUACCGAACCACGUCAAGGAGAAGAUAUGA